AUAAGAACAAAGAUGGCGGUGGAUUUGAGUGUUGCACGCCGACAACUUUCAGAGGCUCUUGGGGACUACUCUCAAACGUACUGGAACAACAUGAAGCUCUGGUAUAAACAAAAGAUUUCCAAGGAGGAUUUUGAUGCACAAGCCAAGAAAUGUCUUGGGAAUGAUAACCUUCAUUUCCAUAAUGAAUUUCUUCUUGCCAUUUUGGCAAAAUGUCAAGCCCUUGGAUCUUCUCCAGCACCUCAUCCAAAAACUCCACAGAAGUUACCUCCCAAACCACAGCUGAUUAAGAAAGGAAAAAUUAAGAAGCAAAAGAAAGUGUUAAGGGCCAAUUUUGAGCAAAGAUUUGCUCCUUGUGACCCUUUACAGAAUGCUCCACAGCUGUCUUUGAAGGAGCUUUCAGAAGACAGUGAGAUUGGUCUUUGUUCAUAUGACUUGAUGUUACCGGACUCUGCUACCAUAUAUGGCAGAUUGUUUCUUGGUGCUUGGGAUGCUGGGUUGGACAGUGUUGCGGAUGAAACAGUGAACCUAAUGCUUCAUGCCACAGAGUACUUAGUGAAAGAUAUUUUGACGGUUUGCUGCUCAAUGAGGAGCAACUUUAGACUCAGGGAUGGACAUUUCCGCUAUGCCAUGGGUGGGACCUACCCCAGGAUGCACCUCAGAAAUAGUACCAGUCCCUGGCCACCAGGUGCUGAAAGAUCUUUAGGCUGUGUUAAUGGUGCUGCCAGCAGUAGUAGCAACAGUGGUCGAACGUUGGAGCAAGCCGAAGCUGAGGCAGCGGUCACAGUUGCCAGCAGUGAUAGUACGGGAACAGCUAAACCUCCAAUUUCUCUUAUGGAUCUUAGGGAUGCUCUACAGGUUCAUCGGAGAGUGAUUCCCUCGCAUACUGUAUAUUCGGCAAACAUCGAGAGAACACUUGCAAACAUGUGUCACCCUGGUCACGACGAACUAGAACAAAACCAAUUACACAAACUUGAGGCAAGACGAAGAUAUGAAAGACUGAAACAGCAAAGGAGCUUAAGCUUGAGAUUGUAACUAAACGCCUUAGUGUGACCGUCUUCAAUCCAGCCGCUGAUACUAAAAUUUCUACGUAGAUUUCCAUGAAUAUUUUACUCUGUCCAAGUCCAAAGAACUAAAUUCAAGGCUUCGAUGAUAGAAGCGACUACCCUUUCUCGCCAACCGACCAAGAAAUAAAAAAUGGGCUCAAAUCUUGUGGUUA